CGGCGCCGAACGAGCGGAGCCGAGGAUGGCUGCGCCGGGCCCCUUCCCGCUGCUGGUCGAAGGGUCCUGGGGUCCCGACCCCCCGAAGAACUUGGUCACCAAGUUGCAGAUGUACUUCCAGAGCCCGAGGAGAUCGGGAGGCGGGGAGUGUGAGGUCCGCCAGCAGCCGGGCAGCCCGCCCCGCUUCCUGGUGCUCUUCUCCCCGGAGGACGUUCGGCCAAAAGUUCUGGAGAGAGAGAACCACGAGUUAGGCUGGCCAGGAAAAGGAACAUUCAAGUUAACUGUCCAGUUGCCCACAGCCCCAGAUGAUGUCUUUGAGGGGAAAGUUCCAAGAGAGGAAUCCAAGACCAAAGAACAUGUCAAAGAACCAGAUGUGUCAGAAGAACUGGAAACAAAACUCUCUCUCAAUAGAAGAUCAGAGAAAAUGGAAAAUAUCCCCAAAGAAUGUGAAAAUAUUUCCUCUUUGGUUGCAUUUGAAAAUCUCAAGGCACAUGUGACGGAUAUAAUGUUAAUCUUUGUAGUGGAGAACCUAAGUGGCCUGUCCAGUGAUGAAUUUCAACUGGAAGUAAUACGAGAUUUUGAUGUUGCCAUAGUUACCUUUCAAAAAUAUAUAGAUGUCAUGAAAUUUGUUGAUGACUGCGCCAACCACCAUACAGUGAAAGAGCUCCAGCUUUCUCCAAGACUUCUGGAAGUGACAAAAAAAGUCAGGGUUGAAAACCUGCCACCUGGUGUUGAUGACGAUGAUUUAAAAAGUUUAUUUGAAAAUCCUCGUAAUGGAGGGGGAAGAGUUGUCAGCGUUGAGUGUUUUCCUGAAGAGAGUUCAGCUCUGAUUGAAUUUUUUGACAGAGGAGUGGUAGACACCAUCAUGACCAAGAAACUUGACCUCAAUAAUAUGCCGCUGUCUGUGUUCCCAUAUUAUACAUCUUUGGGCACAGCCUUGUAUGGAAAGGAGAAGCCUCUGAUCAAGCUUCCAGCCCCAUUCCGAGAAUCCUUGGAUCUUCCCUUAUGGAAGUUCUUGCAGAAAAAGAAUCACCUGAUUGAGGAGAUAAAUGAUGAAGUGAGACGUUGUCACUGUGAGCUAACAUGGUCCCAACUCAGUGGUGAAGUUACCAUCAGACCUGCAGCCACCUUAGUCAACCAAGGAAGACGAAGAAUCAAGACCUGGCAGAAAGACGCUUCCACAGCAUUCUCUGGCAUCAGGUCUAAAUAUACAGUUACUCUAUUUGAAGUGGAUCCAAUAGUGUGGGACGCCAUAAAAAAUGAUUUAGAAGACGAUAGGAUUUUGUUGGAGUUUGAUACAAGUAUGGGGAUUGUAACCUUAGUGGGGAAAUCAGAGGAUAUACAAAACAUUGAGCCACACGUCAAGGAAUUAAUAGAAAGCACCACUCAAAAAAUUAAAAGAGAAGAGCAAAGUCUGAAGGAAAAAGUGGCCAUUUCUCCAGGAAGGUAUUCUCUUCUGUGCCACAGUGGUGUCCAGGAGCGUCUCCGCAUGGAGUGCCCAGAGAUGGAGAUGGCUUAUGAUAAAGCCACUCGAUGCUUGUGCUUGAAAGGACUCAGAGCAGAUGUGUAUAAAGUGAAGUGUGAACUCCAGGAAACGGUGCACACCAUGGCUGAGAAAAACAUUCAGUUUCCCAAGGAGGUUUUCCAGUUUUUGCAACAGGUAGACUGUGCAGAAUUCUCUGAGUCUCUUUUUAUAGCACAGAAAAUUCUUGCCGUUUAUGAGCUAGAGAGCAGAGCUGUUCUCUUAAGCAGCUGUUCUUCUGAAGUUCUGUUAGAAGCUGAAAAGCAGAUGGUCAGUGCCUUACUUUAUAAGCACAUUGAUGUCGAGGACAGGGAAGUUCUUAAUGACAAGAAAUGGAAAGAACUCACUCGCAAUUUGCAUGAGAACUAUAAUUCAUCCUCAAAGACGGUAAUAAUCAGUGAGUUAAUUUCAGAAACCACGGCUGAGGUCAUCAUCGCAGGCUGUGUGAGAGAAGUCAAUGAAGUCCAUGGCUUGCUUUCUAACUUCGUGGAAAAACACACGAAAAUAGAGAGAUUUAUUGAAGUAAAGCCAUCCUUGGUUAUUGGUUAUAUAAAGGCACAAGAGAAGCCACUCUGGUUAAAGCUAAAGACGGAAAAUGUACAGGUAACUUUCAAUCCUGAGAACAAACCAAAAGGCAUUUUACUAACUGGCCCAAAGGCAGAAGUCCUAGAGGGAAUGAACAUGGUCAAGAAUGCCCGGGACUCAGCCUGUGUUAAAAGCAUCCAUAUCAAUAACGUGGGCACGAUUCUCCAAACCAGUGGUUGCAAUCUGCAUUGCCACCGUGUGCUUCAUGUGGUGGCUCCGGACUGGAGUAAUGGCAGCGUGUCUUCACAGGAGAUCAUGAAAGACAUAAUCAGAGAAUGUUUGAAAAUCACCGAGAGCUUGUCCUUGAAAUCAAUUGCAUUUCCAGCAAUAGGAACUGGAAAUUUGGGGUUUCCUAAAACCAUUUUUGCUGAAUUAAUUAUUUCAGAAGUGUUCAAAUUUCGUAGCAAGAGUCAACUGACAACUUUACAAGAAGUCCACUUUCUCCUGCGCCCGAAUGAUCUUGGAAAUAUUCAGGCAUUUUCAGAUGAAUUUGUCAGAAUGGCUAAUGGAAAUUUCAUCAGUGACAAAAUUCCCAAGGCUGAAGAUACACAAGGUUUCUAUGGGACUCUUUCCAGCCCUGUUUUAGGAGUGCAUGAAAUGAAGAUUGGUCCCAUCAUCUUCCAGGUGGCCUCUGGAGAUAUCACCAAAGAAGAGGCAGAUGUGAUUGUGAAUUCAACAUCAAACACAUUUAAUCUCAAAGCAGGGGUCUCCAAAGCAAUUUUAGAACAUGCCGGACAAAGUGUGGAAAUGGAAUGUUCUCGCCAAGCUCAGCAGGGCAACCAUGAUUAUAUAAUUACUGAAGGAGGAUCACUGAAGUGCAAGAACAUUAUUCAUGUCGUUGGCGGAAAGGAUGUCAAGACAUCCGUUUCCUGUGUUUUACAAGAGUGUGAAAAGCGGAAUUACUCGUCCAUUUGCCUCCCAGCCAUUGGGACAGGAAAUGCCAAACAAGAUCCGGAUAAGGUUGCUGGAGCCAUAAUUGAUGCCAUUGAAGAAUUUAUCCAGAAAGGAUCAGUCCAGUCUGUGAAAAAAGUUAAAGUUGUUAUCUUUCUGCCUCAAGUGCUGGAUGUGUUUUAUGCCAACAUGAAAAAAAGAGAAGGAUCUCAGGCUUCUCUCCAACAGUCUGUGAUAUCUAAACAUGCAUCAUGUUUGGGCUUAAAGCAAUCUCCCACAAAACACAAACCUUUGGUUUUGGAAAAGAAAACAGAAUCAGCAGUUUUUCAGAUGUGCGGUGAAAAUGUAAAACGUGUGGAAGACGCCUUCUCUUGGAUACAGGGUCUGAUUGAAAAAGAACAGUUUCGUUACACCAGUGAAGAGGAAUGUAUCAAAGACUUUCAUGAAAAGGAAUAUGGGGAAUUGAAUGAGCUGCAGAAGAAAUUAGAUAUUACCAUUUCCUUGGACCAUAAAAGACCUUUGAUUGAGGUUUUGGGAAUUAGUAGAGAUGUGAUACAGGCUAGAGACGCAAUUGAGGAAAUGAUCAAGAGGGUCAGGUUGGACAAAGAUCAGGAAUCCCGGGCAGAUUAUAUCAGUGAAUUUAUAGAAUGGCGAUAUGAUGACAAUAACACUCUUCAUCAUUUUGACAAAAUAACCAAUCUGCGAUUAGAGGAAGCAAGAAGAGCAAACAGAAGGACAAUUAGUGUCGAAAUUAAUCAUCAGAACUACACAGUGGACUUGAACACGUAUACUGCUACAGAUGCAAAGGGAAACCAAUUAACUGUUCAGCGCCAUAUGAAAUCUGAAGGUGAGUUCCCUGCGCACUGGAGUGCUAUGGAGCAGCAGAAGGUCUGUGUGGUUGAGCUGCAGCCUGGUGAUCCAGAAUACAACACUGUGGCAAGCAAGUUUAAUCAGACCUGCUCCAACUUCACCAUAGAGAAGAUUCAGAGGAUCGAGAAUCCAGAUCUCUGGAAUAGCUACCAGGCAAAGAAAAAACCCAUGGACGCCAAGAAUGGCCAUGUCACAAAUGAGAAGCAGCUCUUCCAUGGGACGGAUGCUGACUCGGUGCCACAUAUUAACCAAAAUGGCUUUAACCGCAAUUAUUCUGGAAAGAAUGCUGCAGCAUUUGGAAAGGGAACCUAUUUUGCUGUCAAUGCCAGUUAUUCAGCCGAUGAUACAUACUCCAGACCAGACACAAAUGGGAAAAAGCAUAUGUAUUACGCACGAGUACUUACUGGAGUCUACACAUACGGACAUCAUGGAUUACUUGUGCCUCCUCCAAAGAACCCUCAAAAUCCUACUGACCUGUAUGACACUGUCACAGAUCAUGUGCAAAAUCCAAGUCUAUUUGUGGUAUUUAAUGACUAUCAGGCUUACCCAGAGUACCUCAUUACUUUUAGAAAAUAACAUUUUGGUAUCCUUCAUAGAAGACAUAUUCAUCUCUACAUACCUGGUUGUAAAACAAGUGUUAGAUUUUUUUUUCUAACAGCUUUUUCUAAGAUCAAAGGAUCCUUGGCACUGAAAUCAAACUUUCUUCAGCUUCUAUUUCAUAACUGGAAAGGACCUAUCUUGAGAGCAAUAAAUUUGAGAAUUUAAAUCAGAUAACUUAGUUACAACUGUGUGUUCACAACUGUAGACGUCACAUUGUUGAAAAACAGGCUUGUAUUUGCAGGAAGGAGAGAAUAACAUUCAUCUUAAAAGCAGAGAGCACAGCCAUGCAAUUUCAGCUGCUGCUGAAGGAGACAGCUGGCAUCACACCAGGACACCAUAUUGCUGUGGGGAGCACAGUAUGACUAAGAGGGCGGAACUACUAUCUUCCUGGGGGCAGGGAUGGUGUCUUACUCAUUUUUUUUAUCCCUGGGCUCAGGUCUGUGCCUGAUGUACAAAGGAUGCUCCAUAAAUGUUUCAUAAACCAGUUAAGAAGGAAAAGGCUAGUCAGACUGCUACCCAAAGUAGGAACCAUCUCUUCAACACCCUUGACUUAUUGUCACUAGGCCUCAAAUUGGACAGAUUCCAUGACAGGGAACUUCGAUUUCACAAACCAGCCCAUGACACGUGGGACAGCUGCAGUCCGGGCUCUGGGAUUGCAGUGCAGCUGCACCGGCCCAGUCCCGCGGCUGUGGUCUAGCUCGUGGUCCAGGUGAACUGUGCCCCAUGGAGUGGUGCAGUGCAGCAUCCUGGCUCCACUGGUCCUUUUUAUGUUGAACCCAAACCUGCCUUCUUAUAACCUCUACUCAUUGGUCUUCCUUUUGUCCAGUGAAAACAGUGGGAUAAUGCCUGCUGCAUCCUCAGUGUGAAACCCUUCUACUGUGUUGAGAUUAAAUGAAAUCUAAGGUUUUUAAAUAGCAUAUUUUCCCUGACAGCCUAGCUUUUAAUGAUUUUAAAGCCUUGUGCAUAAAUAAACCAAAGGAAUUAAGCAUAUUGCUAAUUUGCUGACUCAGUAUCUAUUGGAUGGUAAAGAAAAGCUUUUUUUAACUUCUCCAGGUGAAUUUCAGGUUCCAACACUGAUUACUGAGCAUCUAGAUUGCACCAGGUAGUAUAAUAGAUGCUUUCACACACACUAUUUAUUUUAUUCCCCCAACAAUCUUGUGAGGUAAGAGUUAUAUCCCCACUUUAAAGCUGAGGACACUGGUGCUCAGAGUGCAAGAAGCUUCCUUGCCUGAGGUCACCUAGGUAACAGCCGCAGAACCAGGAACUGAAUCUUGGUCUCUGUGUCAUCAAGCCCUUUGCUCUUCCCACUACAGAAAAAUGGCCUCUAGAUUAAUGUUACUGAUUCAGGAACUUCUCAGACAAGCUGUGAAUUACCCUCAUAUUCCCUUAGCUUUUUCCUUCUGGCUUUGGUUUCUAUUGUAGAGUCUCUUCAUUGGAAGCCCUUUAGGCCAAGGGUCAUGAGCUGAUGCCCAUGCAAAGCCAGUGCAGACGGUGCUCUUGGAUGCUAGGAGUUGCUAGGAGGGUAAAGGCGCUCCCCUGGCUGCCCGAACACCUGCUCUUCACGUAGAGGAGGCUGAAAGGGCCACAGUUGCUGCUUCAUUAACACAGAUUUCUUGAAAUUUUU